GGCAUGUCUAGCUCAAGUAAACGAGAGGAAAAUGAGGAGAAACUUUUGCAGUCGGCGCGUCGAGGUGAUUUGGACACCGUACUUGUGAGUAAAGGUUUUAUUGUUUUUAUGCCUACUGAGCAUUAAAAUUACCGGUAUGGCUUCCAACCGCUAGAAAACAAGUUAUCGCUUGUUUUAUUUAUUUUGCUCUUCUGCGGUUUAUUUGAAGCUACUCUCAUCCUUGACAAAUUGAAUAUGAAAAGCUUAUCGAUAGAGCUUAAAAUUUAACUACUUUCAUGUUUGUUCGUUCUGUUGUCUUUCUCACACGCAAUUCACCGGAAGCGAUAAAAGUAGCUUUUAUGUAAUAUUUCUUUAUAGUCUUCUAACGAAAUCUCCACAUGUGAUCGCCUCUUCCCAAAUAAUUACCAAAAGUGUCGUACAUGCAACUUCGUGUAAAUUGAAUGUCGGUGUUUGUAAUGCAAGCUGUUGCGUUUUGUAAGUGUAACAUCACGAGACAAAUUUAUGAUUGAAACAUUUCCUUUCCAUCGCCAAAAUAUUUACUGUGGCAUAAUGUAGUACACAGCAUCGGCUGUACCUGUUGUUUUUUUUAAAGUUCAAACAUGUUGAAAUUUUCAAACAACGGACGGAAUCACAGUUACUCAGCUGAUAUAUAAACCGCCUAAUCAUGUCUGAGUGAUGUUUUGUUCUCCAAUGUUCACUUGAUUACCAAAAAGGACUUGAUUUUCAAUAAUUUAAUUCUGACAUUAACAUUCUGUUUACCACAUGUAUUGAGUAUUGUGGUACAGUUUCACUGUGUAAUUCUAUAUUUUUAUCAUCUUGGGGACAUGCCUUUGUUUGCCAUUCUAUUUAAGAAUAAUGACAUCGAUCAGGUCAUCUCAAUUUGCCUAACCUUGGGUUAAGUUAACCCACUUUUGAAAAUGGUACUUGGCAUUCGCUAUGUUAUCAGAUUUGUGUGGGGACAUUCUUACUUUUUAACUUGAAGAACCUUUUAAUGUGCUUCAAUGUAAACUUACUUAAUUAUAGACAUUAUUUUGAAGUUUGGAAUUUAGUGGCUGAUCAUUCAUGAACAAUAUUAAGUGUGAAACUUCUAUAAAAAUAAAAACUUCAGAUAUCACCAGCAAUACUUCACCAAUAAGAGUAGUUUGAGGAACAAUAUUCCACCAGUUUAUUUCCUGUCUCACCUAGAAAAAAAAGUAAAAAAUUAUUUGAACAACAACAAAUAACAUCAGUUUUGAACAUAAAUCAUAUUUGUUUCACACAAAAAAAAAAAAAAAUUGACUACUUCUCUAACAGUGCUAUAUUGGGUGUCUCAUCCUUUAUUUUAGAGUUUUCCUUAGCUUGAUUAUCUCUCAAGUUUUUGGUGUUCUUUACUUCGUAUUAGAGUUUGUUGCAAGCUAAAUCACCUGGCAAAAGUAGCUCUCGUUCAAGUAUUGAUGUGAACUGCAAAGGUAAGUUAUAUUGUGUUUCUAAUGCUGUAUAUGAUAUAACUUAGUAGGUAAGUUAAUGAGCAAGGUUUCACAUGGAAGAUGUCAAAAAUAGAAUGUACUUGUAUUUGUGAUAGUUCCUGCUUUGUAAGUGCUACCCUUGAUUCCCAACUUUAUAUUUUAAAUUGCUGUUUUAAAAAGUAAUCUUGACUGUACUUAUAAUUAUAAACUCACUUGCACCUGGGGCUCAAGAUGUAUAUUGUACAUUUUACACUUGAAUCAUAGUUAGCUAAUAUCUUUAAGUUUUCAUAAUAACCCAUUGCAAAGUACUUUAUUGAGACUUAUAAUAUAAGUAGUGUAAGUUGUGUGUGUACCAAAAAAAAUUGGCCUGAAAAAAUGGAAAAUGAGAGCAAUGGCUGAAGUUACAAAUUUAAAGCAGAGAAUACAGAUCAAAAUUUUUUUGGACAAAGGUAUUUUUAGUGAUGUUGAAUUUCAUUAUUUGUAAACCAAUAAUGCAACGAGGGUAAUAUUUUAACCUUCUGACCCCUAGAACUGAUUAACUUCUAAUAUCUCCUAAUAUUAUCCCCAUUGAAUUAAACGUUAGGAUCAAAGGAUUAAAUGAAAUGAUCUCCAACUAAAGAAGCUCCUGAUCUUUAAACAAAUCCUCCUUAUCAGCAUGUUAGAAAAUGUAUAGGGAAGAGUAAGGAGAUUCUACACAUUGAUACCAGGGUGUAAAGGGGUUUUAAUCUUGGUUAGCUUACAAAGAAAGUUCUUUGUAGCUCAGCUGGUAUUUAAGAAUCUGAUUGUGUAAGCAAAGCUGAUGGGGUUCAACAACUUAUUCUAGGGGUCUCAGAUUUAUUUUUUCACUCUGUGAUCAAUGUUAAGUGUCAUUUUUUUUUUUUUCAAAACAGAGAGAGUUUUCAGAGAUUUUGAUUCAUUAAGUUUUUAUCACUGUUUAUCUGUAGGGAAAUCAAAAGCAAAUCAAGGCUGGACCCCUCUCCAUCUUGCAUCAUACUUUGGACAUUGUAAUGUUGCAAAAGCAUUGCUUGAGGUAAGUAGCAAGCCCAUGCUUUUGUAUUUGUUUGCAAGGUGCUCUUUUCUGUUUGAGGCGUUACUAGGGAAGGGGAUGGGGAAGUGGAGGGGAAGGGGAGGGGAAGGGGAAGGGAGGGGGGGUCCAAGAGGGAGGAAGUGGGGUCCAAGACCUUACAUGGCCUUGUCAUGGCUUAUCCCUGAUAACUGUCAUGUCAAGUGAGGAAGAAUUUGCUCACUCCUUCGGUAUGGAAUACAAGCCCAUGGCAGUUAUCACCCACCCUUGUGUUAGGCUUCCCUGACAAUUAACUGGAACUCAUUUACACUCCUGAGUGGAGAGAGACAUUUUGGGAGAAAAGUGUCUUGCUCAAGAGUACAACUUAUUUACCCUUUAACCCUUUAACCCUUUAACCCUUAACACCCUAAGAUCAGUAUGGAUAUUCUCCAUACUGUUCUCUAUAUAUUUCCUAUGGUGCUGACAAGAAGAAUUUAUAAAAUAAUUCAAAUAGUACGUGCGCUCUGAUUGGCCAUAAAACCAUUUUACAUGAGUGUAUGUAAACAAGGUUUUCGAUCCUCUUUCAUUAGUUAUUUUAUAAAAGAAAUGUAAAAUGGUUUCCGUGUUUACAUAGCCUGAUGUAAACGCUUGGGAGGUUGGGAGAACACUCGAUAAGCUGGAAAUCACUCCGCUUUGCGUCGUGGUUUCCUACGCUUAUCUCAUGUUCUCCCAACAUCCUGUGUGUUUACAUCAGGCUAUGUAAACACGGAAACCAUUUUACAUUUCUUCAUUGUUUAACAAUGAAGAGCCUCUUUAGUUGUUGAUCAUGUCCUUUACUCUCAUGACCUUAAUGUUUGAUUCAGAGGAGAUAAUGUAAAGAGAAAUAGGAUGCUAGUCAUUCUAGGGGUUAAAGGGUAAACCCCUAAGAGUGACUAGUAUGUAAUUUCUCCCGACAAUAUCACAUCUAAAUUAUACUAACAAAGCUGUUGAUUGUUACACAAAUACUCCUUGUUAACACCUUAAAGGAAUGCAUCAAGAACAGUAUGGAGAAUCUGCAUAAUGAUGUUAGGGUGUAAAGGUUAACCCAGCCAGGUCUUGCACAUGAACUUCUUAACUAAGAGUGCAGUAUGUUGACAAGGAGGCCAUCACAUCACUCAAAUUGAGAUAUUUUUCAUUAAGUAAUAGUUAUGUUUUCCAUCUCUUUAGAAUGGAGCUGAUGUCAAUGCCAGAAAUGGAAUGGGAGACACUCCACUCCACAGGGCAGCUUUCACUGGAAGAGCGGUGAGUUUUUGACAUGGGACAUUCAUUUAUGUACGGUACCACUGAGUAAGGAGGGUAGAGACUGAAAUAUUCUAUCUUCUUGUGCAGUGGAUAACUAAACAAAACAUUACUCUGACCAAAUGAAAUUUCCAUUAUUUGUCUUUUACAAUUUACGUGGAGCAAUAGGUGUUUCAUUUUCUCCCUGUGGAUGUCCAUCAGAGAUUGAUUUUCACCACUUUGUCAGGUUUCUUAAACCUUUACACCCUAACAUCAGUAUCUAUAUUCUCCAUUCUCUUCGCUAUAAGUUUCCUUUAGUACCAAUAAGGAGAAUUCGUUUAACAAUCAAAGCUUCUUUGGGUGGCGAUCAUUUCCUAUAUUCUCAUGAUCUCAAUGAAUGAUUCAGCCAUAAUACUGUAAGGAGAAAUUAGAUGCUGAUCAUUCUCAGGGUUUACUCCUGGGUGAAGAGAGGCACUUUGUGAGUUGAUUAUCUUGCCCACAAAAAAAUUACACAAUGACACAGUCAGGUGUGAAUCAAGACCUCUUAACCCAGUCCCAGCUGGAUGAUUGUGUAGUGCUCACAGACAAGACACUUCUUACAGUAACUCUCUCAACCAAGAAGAAUAAAUUGAUACAAGUGAGCUCUCUGGGAAACCUAAGAAAAUGCUGGAAACACUUACCUGUGUACCGACCAAAAAACCUAUGAAAUUUCAAGGCUUAUCCUUGAGAUUACUGAGACUAGUAUCUUUUAAACCCUUCACACCCCACCAUCAGUAUCUAUAUUUUUCAUACUCUUUUUUUCACAUUUCCUUUGUUACUGACAAGAAGAAUUUGUUUAACAAGCAAAGGUUCUUAGGUUUGUCAUUCUUUCCUUUAUUCUUGCAAUCUUAAAGAAUGAUUCAGCAUUGGUCACUCUCAGGAUUUAAAGAGUAAAGAGGAAUGCAUGUCCAUGCAGUGAUAUUCUUAGUUACUUCAUGCCACUGAAUUAAAGAUAAAUUUUGGCAGCUGUGUAAGUGUGUCUCUUACUCAAACUUUCCCUUAAUCCUGUGAGUGUUGCUAUAUCUUUUGUCAGGAUGUGGUCACAUUACUGAUUCAGCAUGAUGCAGAUGUUACUAUCAUCAAUGGAGAGGGUAGAAAAUCAAGUCAGGUUACCAACAGUAUAGAAGUUAAACAACUCAUCAAAGGUAAGGAUUAGUUGAAUGUAUGUAUAUAUAUGUAUAUAUAUAUAUAUAAAAUAAGCUCAGUUAUGCACACAUUCUGAUUGGUUCUCACUUAUGAUCUAUUGGAGGACAGAUGUAUAGAUGACGUCAUCAUUAAAAUUUUUGCCCUCUGUUUUUUAUUAUAUAAAACAAAUAGAUUCCAAGUUGCUGUGCGUCUGUUCAGUAAUCAAUCACAGAGGACGUAAAAAUGUGGUAAGAACAUCAGUGACACACUCAGCUGCGCCUCAUGUGCCACUUUUUUGUUCUUACCACAUUUUGACAUCAUCUGUGAUCUAUAACUGAACAGAUGUACGGCAACUUGGAAUCUAUUUGUUAAAUAUACACACAUGUGUAUAUCAUAGAUGUACAGUAUACUAUUCCAUAGCUACUUGUACUAAUCAGCAUGAUGGCAGCCAUGAAGGAGAGUUUUUUUUUAGAGAAUUAACUGUUACUCACAAAUUUAGGUAAAGAACUGAAAAAUGUCCUAGUUAGCAUAAAAAGAAAAUUUCAGGAAAUUAAUUGAAAAAUUUUGACAAAAGAUGUAAUUGCAAAGUUAGUUAUGGAUGAUUGUGCAGGAGCUCUCUUUAAAACAGAGCAUGUGCUGAUUGUAUGCAUUAAUUAAUCCUAAAUAUUGUUAAAUUCAACUUUCCAUGCUUAUAAGUGAUCUCUAGGAGGCUAUAUUGCUAAUAUAUAUCUUUCAGAAUGACAAAGAUUUUGAAAUAUUUCACUUAUCCUCCUAAGAGACCUUUGAUAUUUUUUGAGAAUUUUCAAUAGUAUCUAUCAUUCUCCCACAUUUUUCGUGACUUGGAUAUUGAUGAACAGUUCUAUUCAACUUUUUAUUUUCUGAAACUUUGUGAGCUGGCGAUUCUAAUACCCACUAAUUGCAUCAUUCUGAUUUUGCCCCUGUUCAGCUGCAGAAAGGAGUCUCCAGCUGAAACUUGAGGAACGUUUGCUCACAGCUGCAAGGGAAGGUGACACCUCAGAGCUGAAGAAACUGGUAUACACAUUAAAAUCAAAUUUUUCAUGACAAAUGAGACUAUACUUGUAUGUACUUUUCGGAGUGUUAAUUAUAUCUGAGUUUUUCCUAUUCCUUUACAUACCUGCUUCUCAUCACCCCUUGUUAAUGAUCAUCCCUUUGCCCAAACCUUUAAUUGUUGUUACAAGAGCACUGGGGACUUGCUCAUGUCCACUCUUUUUAAUGACUUCUGUGAUUCUUGAAAUGUCCUUGGACAUGAUUUGGUCUUUUAUGAAAUGGUGGGUCAUGUCAAGGAUCUGAUUGUAUCUAAGAUAAUUUCCCUAAUCAUUCUAAACAACAUAUGGCAGUUUCCAGCCUUCCUUACAUCUAGGCAGUUCAAAAAGCUGCAAAACACUAGAACAAAAAUUUAUCUUCCAAAUUGGCACUCUUAAUCCCCACAGUAUCAACAAACGCUUUUCAUUCAAAUUAUUUAUUCUUGUUUUCUUGUCACCAUAUUCCCACCAAUAGCAUAGCUCCAUUUUCUGCAUAUAAACCCACACACAACCCACAAUUCCUCCAAUCACUCUGAUGAAGGACUAAUGCUUGAAAUGUCAGCCUUUAAACUCUUUAUGGUGGUCAGUUUAUGUUUUCAACUCAGCUGUUAACACUAAAUUACCUGUAUCUAAUAUACACUGGAAAUUACCUAGACAAGCUAGUGCUUGACCUCCUAACCAGACUGUGAAAGUGAUGGUUUUCUAUUUAAUUGAUAUAUUUUCAGAUUGAUAGUACAAAUCCUCCAAAUAUCAACAUGUUGGAAAAGACAUACAUUUUUUACACAGUCUGUAGGUCAAAACCCUUUAACUCCAUUGACAGAAUUUCUCCUGACAAUAUCAAUACGAUGAUGAGAGUAAAGAAAAAUAUCAAUUUGGGAAUAAUUAGUUGAUCCAAUUCUAAAUUCUCUGAACUAACAUUAUGAGAACUGUAUGGUUAAGAUUAAGGAGAAUUACAAAUUUGAUUUAACAAUGAGAUUCCAUGUUGUCGUGAAUCUGUUCAGUAAUAUAUCACAGAUGGCGUCAAAUGUAUGAAGAACAAAGAAGUGGCACGUGAGGUGCAUCUGGGUGUAUCUCGAUGCUUUUACCACAUUUUGAAUGCUUCUCUGAUCUUUUACUGUACAGACCCAUGGAAUCUAUUUGUUUUAUAUGAUGAUAGAAAACUGUCGUUAACUGUGACUUUAGCUAUGCGUCUGUCCGUAUUAGAUUGUAAGUAAGAACCAAUCAGAAUAGGAGUAUCAUUUAGCGUAUCUUGCCAUGAAAAUUGUACUCUAAUAUUGAAGUCUUCGAUUCCCUUUCAACUGAGUGUCACUAAACCAAUUGAAAUCUGUGACAAUGGCAAAUUAAAACUAAGGUACAACCCGUAUAAGGUGAAUUUCACAAGUAACCAACGAUUAUGAGAUAUCAAUGUAGGCCUUUGUUAUCUUGGCUGCUAACAAGCUACAUUAUAUGUCUGGCUAUUCUUAAGUUGCUAUCGUUUUGGAAUUUUUAAUUUCUUCUUCUAAGGCUUGAAAAGUUAUGGCAAUGAAACUUUCUGUUAUAAAAAAUUGAGAACGUCAGGUUCAAGUUCCUUGUAAGUGAUCGCAGCCUUUGGAUGGAGCUUUCUAAAGAUUAACGUUUAGAGGAUACAUGUACAGAUACAGUACUGUCCAAUGCGAGUGUAGGAAAGAGUGGUUAAAUUCCUUUUCUAAUAUACGUGUAUAAACAAAGCUGUUUUUUUUUCUUUAACCACUACACAUGAAUUUGGUCUUAAGAGUUUUAGUUUGAUGAUAGAGAAUAGGGGAGGUGUAGAAAGACUGAGUUUCAAGAACACCAUUUUUUUUGUCAGGGGACACAAAGUGAUUGCAGUCACACUUUUACAGCACGGGGCAGACACCACUAUCAAAAACAGCAAUGGUAAGAAAAUGACUGGGUCAUUGCUUUGUGUGUUACAUGAUAGGGACCUUAAGCAAACCACGAUAGCGGCGGCAACGAGGACGUGGCAAAAAAAAAGAUCUAAUGUAGCUCAUGCGUUUUAGAAGUGUUUACAUUUCUUCGCCGUCCUCUGCAAAAUAACAACUUGAAAUCAUAAAAAAUUUACGUGGUCUGAGAAAGGAAACCCCGACGGCAAAUUAUUGAAGUUUCUAUACGGAGCUCAUCACUACUCACAUACAUUAUUCUGAGGUUAACUUUCGGUUAAGAGACUUCCCUAAGAGACGGUAAACGCAUCCAGCCGUUUACGAAAUUCGAUCUUAAAAUACACAUUGAUUGUUUAAUAGAUGUCUCCCUUGGCGUCGCCUCCCAAACUGCUCAGGGUCCUUAUUAUUGAUUGAGGGCAAAAGCAUAUAAUUGUACACAUGUACUACUGUUUAGAAUGAUAGUCGUUUACCCCCUCCCCAACUCCCAAGAUCUGAUUGUUAAUUGUCCCCUCUAGCUGCUACACAUUUCCUCGUAAAUUAGCUAGGAGAAUUUGGUGUUAGAUCAAGAUAACAACUUCUACCUGAUAAGUUUAAGUAUUCUCGUUACCUGUAUUUGUAAAACUUAGGUCAGACAGCCUUGGAUUUAGCCACUAAUAAGAAAAUGAAGCAAUUGUUGGAUGUUCAACCACUGCAGGUUUGUAUCAAGCAGAUCUUAUUCAUUUUCAAUAGUUCUUGUAAAAAGUAUGUGGUUUCCUGUUUAAAUUAAGUCCCUUUGUGGCAAUAUGUACUUUGGAGACUCCAGAAGGAUCUCGUUUGGACACUUUUUUACCACAGCGCAAUACUGAUAUUUCGGACAUUGGUCUGAAUUCUUGGAGAGUUCGAAAAAUCUGGAAAGAGCUUGAAAAGUUAAAUAUAGUUUGAAUUAUCGGGAGCGUCGAGAAACCGAGAAAUGGAGAUAUAGAGAUUCCACCAUGGUACUACUAUAGAGCAAUUUGCAAUAACGAGAAUCGAAGGUGAUGUAAGAUUGUACUGCUUCUUGCUUUAGUAUAUACUUGGGGAGUCGCACAACUCGUUCCACUCUCUUAACUUAUCAGAUGAAAAUUUUCCGCCUUCCUAGUCAAUCACGUUUUUCCGCGAGGUGUAUUUGAAGAACGCUUUUUAAAAUUCUAGAUUAAAUUUAAAAAGCAGGAAAAAAAGUGUCAUUUGUCAAAACUUGUUGCUAGAUAAAUUUUAAUGAGAUUAGAGAUAAAUCUUUUGGACCAUCUCUGUGACAGAAACUUCACAAGGUGGUGUCAAGACAUGAAGGUGCUCUGCUCAAGGUGAGAUACUCCACAUUAGUAUAAGUGACGUGAGUUUCAACGGUAGCUGCGCUAAACUGACUGGAAUUCACUCUAAACUACUAUCGGAACAGUUUAUACUGGAGUUAAAUUUUUCUAAAAGCCUUUAAAUUUUUUUUUCUUUUUUUGCAUGAAGUGUAUCGUUUUCUUUGUAUUGACGGUCUUUUUAAUGUUCGCAGCGUUCCCGGUUCUUUGGGUGGAAGAAAUUCUGGGUUGUCCUAGAGAGAGGUGUACUUAGCUAUUUUAAUAAGAGGUGAGUACUUUACAGAGGACUGCAUCCUUCUAAAUGGUUCAAAUUUAUUUUUUUAAUGGAAUUUGACGGAAUCGAGAUUUAAAUUUUGGAAAGAAAAAAGGCCUUUUUUUUCACUUGAGUGCGUGUCAAGUGCGCGUGAAAUUUUGCACAGGAACGAAAGUAACGCUUUUAUUCUCACCAUAAAAGUUCUGAGAAUAUCUGUGGAUUUGCAAGAAGAUAGAUGCAAAGGGCAAGAAGUAACUAUUAACUUUACAGUAUUUUCUAGAUUUGUGCGUCAUACAAGGAUUCAAAAUAUCUUGACUUUGCUUUUCAGAGUUUUUAAAUCGUGGUAAAAAUUGACACCUUUUGUUUUACUCAGAGCUGAUGCAGCAGGGAGUGUGAAGAGACAAGGUUAUAGAUAUUUAGACCGCUGUAAAUUUUCGGUAAGUUUGUUGAGCAAUCUUUCUUACUUCGUGAUUAUUGUGUUGUGUAUCUCUGUAAACCUUCGUUUGUGUAGCUAGAGUGUCCACAAUCUCAGAGCAACAAAAUCUUCUUUUAAAACUUCUACAAUGUUUUGUGUGUAACUGCAUCGUCUUUGCGUCCUCCUUUGUAGGUACCUAAGGACGAGAAGCACAAAAUUAAAAUCCAUUAUUCAGAUAACACCGUUCAGAUCUGGAGCAUUCCACCGAGUGAAAAAACUCCACAAGUCCAACGCCAGGUCUGUAUCGUUAAAUCCUUUUUCUAAGCCUUUCUUAUGGAGUAGGUCUGGUUUUCACGGUGGCCUUCCCUUUAACUCGUUCUCCGCUAUUUCGCUUUGCAUUUCACUUUGAAGCGAAGAAUUCUACGUCUGGGAGUUUUUGUAGCCUGCGCGCGGGCCCUUAUUUAUCAGCGGUACGACUCGAGCGUGUGUUCGCAUCAUGUAUGAGGCCUUGAGCAACGUAAGUAAGCAUGAGGUCUGCAAGGGGUCUAGUAGUCCCAAAUCCUCGGCAAAUUAGCUCGCAGGCUAGAACUUUUAUUCCUCUGUUACUAGUGUCGGAUGGGCCUCAACAGAUAGUUGUCUUUGGUCUCACUGGCAACCAUGUUACAGGAGCUUUCAACUGGGUGUCACUGGGAUUCCGGGAUUGCUUUGCCAUGAGCUGUCAUUAGUCAAGAAACUCGGGCCAAGCGCGACUCAGGAGCCUAUGAAAUCCGGUCGGUAGGGCAAAGAAGAACUGGCUUCGACUGAAGCGAGGGGUGGGACGAGGGGGUUGAGUGAGGGUGGGGGUGGUGGAAGGGGAACGUAACUUGGGUGUUGAAGAUUUCCCGUGCUUGAGAAAAAUGGGAAUGGCUUUAUCCUGAGUUCCCACCGACUUCAUCUGAAAUUUGCUUCUUGUUUGUGCUGUGUGGCUGGUGUGUCUAUUAAGUAUUUUUCUUUCGACAUCCAUGGAAAGGCACUGCACUGCUCCAGCCUGUCGAUACAUCUACUACCCCUUUCCAUUCUAUCCUACGUCUCUAUAAAUUUAGCAUGUAGUGCCACAGGUUGCCUGUGAACGGCGGCCAUCAGCCACCAGUGAAAGCCUUAGUGAAAGUUCCUUUUAAUCUGCAUUCUCAUUCUAGCGAUGGUUAAACUCUCUGCACGAGCACUGCGCCUAUAGCACUUUUUACACAACUCAACCCACAGUACUUAUUGAUGAUCAAGAACAGGAUGUGAUACCGUUGGGGAGCAUGCAGGAUUCGCUAAAGGUGAAUGAUCAACCUUUUAACCCCCAAGAUUGACCAGCAUCUAAUUUCUCCCUACAAUAUCACUCCUUGAACAAACAUUAAUGACACGAGACUAAAGAAAAUGAUCACCAACUAGAGAUGCUCUUGAUUUAUAAACAAAUUCUCCUUGUCAGUAUCUUAGCAAAUAUAUUAAGACCAGUAUGGAGAAUAUGCAAAAUGACGUUAGGGUGUUACGGGUAAGGUUUUAAUCUUGAAGAAUAAUUUAACCGACACGUGUAUUGUUGAUACACAGAGCGCUCGUGCCCAUCAGCAACUUCUCGACGAACAAGUUGGUGGAAUAAAUAAGACAAUUGCAGACGUAUCCAACUCGUAUUCAUCGGAGUCAAAUUCUAAAGGUGAGACACAUAGGUUAUGAGUCACGCAGUGCAUCCGUCGCAACACGCGUGACAACUCGCGGUAAAAGCCACUGCAUGUAAAGCUCCCAAAAAAAAAAACCGUGACCCCUACUCCUGAUUCUCUUUGAAAAAUUCCAGCUACGCCCUUGAUGUGACAAGCCCCUUCACACUCUUCGCAUCAGCAAUGUCGAAAACAACGAUUAUGUAAUGCAAUAUGAGAGAAAGGGGUGGAUUGCUAACGAGGGAUUAGAUUUUUUUCUGUGACCCACGUUCUUGACCAAACGAAUUUAUUCAUUUGGAAAUUGAUGUUAAGAAGACGUUUUCGAUUCGUUGCCGUUUAACCCUUAAACUCCAAAUUUCUGAUUGUUAAUUCUCCCCCCCUAGCUGUUACACAUUUCCGUGUAAGUAAGUUAUGAGAAUUAGGUGUUGGAUCAAGAUAACAACUUUUACCUGAUUAGUUUAAGUAUUCUCGUUACCUGUUUAAUGGAUAAUGUAAUUAAUAUCAUAAGUAGACGUUACACGACUAUCACUGACUUAAAGUAGUUUAAGGGUUAAGUCUUUUUUGACUUUUCUCCUUCAACUGCUGAUGAUUUUAGGUAUAGCUGUUCGCUCGUUUGAUGUAUGCUGUUUGUUUGUUUUUUUUUUUCCUAUGGCAGGAAGUUUAGUGAAGAUCAGCGAGAAACUCAACGAGGUGGUAGCGACAGCUCGUAAUAUGUGUAACGCUCUGACUCACUGUUUGGAUUUACUGUCACAACAAGAGGAGGUACGAUCGGACAGCGGAAACAUUCAGAAAUCAAAUUUAACUUCAUGUAAAUUACGUUGUUGAUCCUACCUUUGAACAAGUGAAAUCAUAGCUGCCAUUUUGCCGUCUGUGUGUUCAGUUAAUGAACAUAGACCGAGUAAUAAUACAGUUGGGACGAAAAGGUGGAAUCCUUUGUGAUCGUUCUUAAUAUUGACCGUCUGUGAGCCGUUUCAUUUUCGUAGUACUUUAUAAUUCAUUGUUAUAUUGAUUUCAUUUUCGGUAACCGUUCCUAUUCGAGUGUAAAAUAUUUUAUUUUCUAUAAUGUUCACUCCUUUUGCCAUACGUGGCAGUCUCGUUUAAUCCCAAAAACCAGAAUGUAUCACAUGUAUUAUUACUGUAAUUUAAGUCAAGAACCCGACAGUAAAAUUUGAUCAAGAUGGCGAUCUUUGGCGGCGAGAAAUUCUCGAAGACUUUUUGAAUAUCCUUGGGCGAUGUCGUCGUUGAAACGUUUCGCGUUUUCACUUUAAAGGGAAGGUUUUUGUAAUAAUUAAAUGAAAGAUUUGAUAACAUCGAUCAAAACAGAUACGUUGAGAAGAAAGAGCUAUUCAACGCGGUUGUAUUGUGGUUUUAGUUUAUAAAACUUACUUCCGGCAACUGCCGUGUUUACUUGGUGUCCUAUUAUUACCUGUCAGCGGUUUUAAGCAGGGUUUAUGUUAAUUACGUCUUCAGUGUGGACGUUUUGUCAGUAGCAUCUUCUUGCUUCGUUCUCGCUUAAUUCGGAAUUUCAGGUGCGUCAUCUUAGAUUUGAAGAAGAAGUAGAGAAACGAAGAGUCCUUGAGGAUGCUCUUCACGUCUUGGCGACAGAACAUCAUGCUUUGGAGUGCUCAAUUGGAGCCCACGAGGUAAGAUCUCGCCGUUUAAUUUUGCCAUCGCGUAUUCUUCCCUCUUCAAAGAAUUUGCAUUACAUUUGCAUAGCUGUAGGUGUUUGUCAAAACCCGCGUUAGGCCAUUGUCUCUGGGUGAAAAUUUGUGUUUAUUUCUGGCGUUUUUAAAUUGGUUUUUUUAAUUUUUAGCCAAUCGGAUUUCUGACUUGUCCUUUAGCAUAGAUGUCAAGUUGUUUGUGCGGUUUUCUGGCUUUCCGAUUGGCUUACAACUUUGAAAAUCAACAGAAAAUGUGUCAAAUAGAUUUUAAGGAAAAUAUGUUUCGCUCGGGCGAAUUUCACGAGCGAUCGCUUUUAAAAAGCUGUAUUUGUGUAAGACGCUUAAAAUUCACCUUCAAAUAUGGAGGUUAUAAAUAUUCAAGAAAGGUUUUAAUCCGUGAAAAGAUGGCAAAUUUUAGCAUUGUUAUCUACUUUUAUUUAAGGAUCAGUUGUAGUCCUAUUGACCAGUUUUAGUGAUCUCUGACAUUUUUAUGUGUAAAGCGUAUUUACACGACAUGAUCUGAUGAAAUCAUGAUAGGAAAAAAUCAUUUAGGAAUAGAAUUUAUACGGAUGACUUCCUCGGUCAUUUGAUGCGAAAUCGGAACGAAAUGAAUCCGUUUCUUUGCUGUAAUGAAAUUGAUGGAUUAGUUUUGCCGUAUCGAAUAAAAGUUUUAUCAGUGGAGUAAACGAGUAAUAGGAAUUCUAAAGAAAGAGAUAAUUGAAUGAACUGAAGCGCUUCAUGUUUAGUCGUCAACCGGCGAGAAAUCUUGUCCUGUUGGUUAGGUCAAUAUAAGCUUCAUAUAAUUUUUAUACCUCGCGUUCUUAAAUAUCGUAACUAUUUUUCACAUUACUGCUUUGAUUUCUGGUGGACGUUCCGUGAUGAAUUAUCUUCCAAGCUUAGGCACCUUUUUGACUAAUUUGUUAUUCAAAUACGACAAGUAUUCUUUCCAAUGAGACUUGUGUGAAAUCUGCCAGACUCUCUCUCGAAUUAUCAUUUUCAAUAACAGCAGAAAAAAGUUAGCAUGAUUAAACUCGAGUUAUGAUAAAUACACGGAGCACUAUGAAAUGUGGUUUUGGUAUUUUCAUAUUCGCGUCUUAGGAAUAUUUUUCGGUCAUUACAAUUUGUCAUGAGUUGAAUCUUACGUCCACGGGCCAACGUAACCGAAGACAAAUAAUUCCAGGUAAAAAUCUUGUUCGAGAAUGGAAUUUAUUGACUGAACGUUUAUCCUAAAUUCAUUCGCCUUCAUUUGAACGUCUCAGUUGUACUGCUUAGAGUAUUUUGUUUUAAGAGGUAUGAAUUAUAAAUGAUGAAGAUAGAACACAGAAUCCAUUUUGGUAAUCAAAGUUAAUAUCGUUUCAAACGCAGCGCUAAAGAAAGAACACGUCAGGGGGAUUUAUUGCCGCGAUUUUCGAUAUAGUAUUACAACAAACAGUCCGAUGGAAUUAUUCACUCUCAGAAUCAAUAAACCCCCCGAAUAUCCCUGCAAUACUGAUGCAUUAUCUCGCAGACGGGUUGUGAGAAUGAACAGAUAAACAUAUUAACCACAGAGUUUUGUCUUGGUAAAACACUACACCAUUUCGACUUAUUUUUCAAGGACAUGUUUGGCAGGUUCAAAAGAGAAUUGAAAUAUUAGCUUCUCAGUCGAAUGAUAUUCUGCGAUAUCAGCCAGUCCAUUGAGUUUACGCGUGUUUGCGUGUUGUGGUAGCCCAAUAUUCAUUUUGACUUAGAGAUUAAAUUCGUAUUACCAAAUUCACUGACGCGUGUGUUCUUAAUUUUCCAUUGUGUACCCUAAUGACAUAUGUACUGUCUACUCAUUACAGCAUGGUAGAAAUUUUCUUCUCAAACACACUAUAACUAGUCCGUCGAAGUUGUUUUAGAGAAUUAAGUUUGCGUGCCAGUUGUACGUUCAUUGAGACACAGAGCUCGUUAGGAGGUUUACAGAGCACUCAAGGAGUAAGAAUUGCUCUCGGCCGCGCCUCGAGCUUCUUUCAUGCUCUAUAAACUUCUCAUGUGCCUCAUACCCUGAUGAACCCAAAAAGAUCACGCCGGUUCUGCGGUCUAGAACAUAUGUUGAAUACAGCAGCUAUUUAGAUUUUUAAGAUUGAGGAAAGCCUGAAGCGAUUACAAAAACUUACUGAGGAGGUGGUAGUAAGAAGAGCGAAAAUGGUGACUGGGGAGGAGAUUGGAAAAAAAAUAUUUCUUUCGAUCCCUUCCCCCUUCUCCCUGACUAGUUCUUUGCACCUGCCGGGCCCCCCCCCCCUUGAUCUCGAGUUCUCAACGGCUAAUGAUGAAGUUAACUUUUGUUUUGAUUGGCUAUUGAGGUUAGUUUGAUUUUGGUUUUCGACAAUCAAACGAAAACUGCUCUACCGCUAAAUUCUCCUCACGUCUUUGCAAAGAAAUGGUUGGCAACCAGAAGAGAGAAUUGUUAUCGUGAUAUUGAGAGAUAAAACGGUAAGCAUGAUAUGAUUGUUUUUUUAAUUUAGCAGUUCAUUCAUGGAAGUCGCAUGACUUUGACGAGUGAUUGUAACGAAGAGUUUUUCGAUGCAAGAUCGGACGUUGGUUGCCCUCUUCCAGACGACUUGCUCUCGGAUGACGACAGCGACGAUGGCGACGAGUACGUACCAAGUGUAGCAACCCUUGAAGCAGCAGGGCAAGAAGUUCAACAGAAUCACGUUGAAACAAUUGUCGUACCUGACACUAGUACGAAUAGUAACAAUAUUAAGAGGGCAACUUCUGGAAGAAAGCUGGGAAAUUUGAACAGACUUUCGUUGACGAGAAGUACGUCCGAUACAAAUAUUGCAGCCAAAUCGGAAAUUAGGCAUUUGCUAGAUUCUGAAAGUCUGCAAAAGUCGAAAUCUGCCUCCAGCGACAUGGAGCAAUCAGCGGCGCUGUACAGGAAACAAGAAACUGAGAAGAAAGCGAAUGGCAAAAUGCGCCACAGGUAUUGUGUGCUGUGUUAGAAUCCAAGUAUAAUUACGCACGAAUUAGAAUUGUGAGAUCCUUGUCGUGGAAGAAGUAUCAUAUGCCUAGUAGCUUUCAUUUAAGUGAUUUCAUCGUACAGUACACGUUUAUGUUGGAACACCUUGAACAGUGAAAUGGGUUGUACCAUACAUGAAAGUAUUGCUUGGGAUUAGUUUUCAUCUAAAUGGUAACAUAUCAGGGUUACUUUUCUUCCUUGGCGAAAACGUUGGAACCACUUUUUACAGCAUGGUUAAUUGUACCGCAUGAAAGUACUUAAUAAUUUGGUUUUAUCAGUUGAGUUGAUAAUGUAAAUUAGCCACUGUGAAGAGUUUUUAAAACAGACGUUUCGAGCGUUAUCCCCUCGUUGGAGCAAAAGAAACUCUGACGAAGAGCUAAAGCUCGAAAUGUCAGGAACUUUUUACGGUGGCUAAUUUACAUUACGAACUCAGUUAAUUAAAAGGAAGCAUCUUGUAAUACCCCCUUCAGCGACGCAGUACUACAAUUUCUCAAGGAACGAACCCCACAUAUACGAAAAAAUGAAUAGCUUUCAUUUGAAUGUAUUAUACAAUAGUGGGUUUUUCCAGAGACUUGGGAGUUAGAAUAACUUUGAGCAGGAGAUUAGUCACUGGGUAAUGAAAGUACCGUCAGUAGUUUUCGUGUAAAUGAUCUUUCACAAGAGUUUUGAAUACCUAUUUUGACGUCAGAACCAUCUUGUGCAACAAACUGGGUGACCUUUUCUAGACCGUUUCGAAAUUAUUGUUUCGAUGUGAUGACCCUAUAACUCCCAAGAUCUGAUUGUUAAUUCUCUACUCUAGCUGCUACACUUUUUCUUGUAAACAAGUUAUGAGAAUUUAGUGUUAGAUCAAGAUAACAAUUUCUACCUGUUAAGUUGGAGUUUUUUCAUUACCUGCGGGAUAAUGUAUGGAUAUUAUUGGGAGAAGUUACAUGUUAAUCACUUCUGGGAGUUAAGAGGUUAAUUACCAUAUGCAUGCUGAUUACAAUAGACAUUGUCGACCAAUCAGAGAGUGUGUCUUUACAAUCACCUAAAGGAUGGCACUAGUUUAUGAUGACGUAUGGAAAAUUUUCUCUCCCCGCAGAACCGCCUUGCCUGUAGCUAUGCUUUCUAGGAACGAAUUCAGCGUGUGGGCGGUACUUAGACAAUGUAUAGGAAAGGUAAGAUACCACCUGUAUUAGUGUCACGUGAUGAUUCCAUCCCCCCCCCCCUCUCCCUCUCUCUCUCCUUCCCCCCUCUCCCCUCUCUCCUCUCCCCACCCCUACUGAACACAUACAACACCUAACAUCUUCCUCGUUAUUCUUGCAGGAUUUGUCAAGAAUUACAAUGCCAGGUUCGUUUGCAAUAGUCGUUUUAAAUAUUUAAUCAGUAUUUGUUCAAAUCAGAAAGAAUAAAUCACAAACCUUAGUCUGAGGUUAGCAGUUUUUUUAUGAAACAAAGAUCGGGUAGCUACUAUGAGCUCAUUUCAUUUUUCAAAUGGUGUACAUUGAAGUUCAGUUCUACUAUUCUGAUUAACAAUUCUACGUCUCCACUAGCUUCUUUAGUCCAGUUAAAUUGAGAAAAUAGAGGUGAUGGAGAGCAAACGUUUCUUAUGAAGCUAUUCAAUUAGAGCCAUGUGGAAAAAAUCACUUAAAACCCGAACGAGCCUACUAAACAGUAGGCUUUGUCACGUGACGGACAUUUACCUCAUUACUUUGUCACGUUUUAGUAAUUUUCAAUGAGCCGCUGACGUUUCUGCAGCGUGUGGCAGAGUACAUGGAAUAUGUAAACCUCCUUCACACGGCCUCAAGUUUAGACGAUCCGCUGUUGAGAAUGCAGGUAAAACAUGUGCAGGGUUAGAUGAUUGCGUGACAGAAGGAGUUGUCAUGUAGAGUUAGGUGAUGAUCUGCGAGGCGAUUUUUUUACACCGGUUAUGUCUCGGUCCUAACGUGGUCUUGGAUUUGAAUCUCGUUCUAGAUUGAAUUGUGGUUAUUGUUAUUGUUAUUGUUAUUGUUGUUGCUUUGUUCAGGUCCUGCGACUACUUUAUCAUUAGAAUUCUUUCCUCUGCAGUUUUUAACUCAACUAUUUCUAGUACGGGUAUCCUCUUCGACCUUCUUGCGUUGAUAUCAUAUUCCUUAUUUCGUUUUUCAACAGUUUGUUUGCGCGUUUGCAAUAUCAGCCACUGCAUCGAAUUUAGACAGAGUAGGAAAACCUUUUAACCCACUCCUUGGAGAAACUUAUGAACUGGUCCGGUAAGGAUAAUGAGAUGUUUUGCGAUCUAUUCUGUUGGUUCGGAGUUAUUUCUCAUGACAAUUUUUUUUAUUCUUUUACAGAGAAGACUUGGGUUUCAAACUUGUUGCUGAACAGGUGAGAGUUAAUAGGGAAUAGAAAAGCAGGCUUUUGUUCGGUUUCAAAAGUGCAUAACAGUGCAGUAGUGAAAACUAUAACACAUCUUUCCUUGUUGAAAAUACAUGGCAAACGAGGAAGCAGAAAGCGCGGAGAAUGCUGCGAAGCACUUCGCUCUAAAACCGUAGACCAGCUUAAUCACGCAUGACUCAGUCGUGAUCACCCGCUAAAACCCAUGUGAUCGCUCUUCCGUCUUGCGCACAAAAACAACGGCGUAUUCAAGAACUGCUUUCUUUGUGGUUAAUUUUCACAGGUUAGUCAUCACCCUCCUGUUAGUGCAGUGCAAGUUGAAAGUGAAGACUUCGUGUUCCAUGUCACAGUUCAACCCAAGCUCAAGUUCUGGGGAAAAGGGGUUGAAAUUCAACCGAAAGGCAUGGUCACACUCAAGUUCCCAAAGUAAGUUGAUAACAGUUAAUUGUUAAUAACCUUAUCAUUAUAGUCUGGCACUAAUACCUUACAUACUGAUGCCCCUCCCUCCUCCCCUCAUGAGGUAAUUUUCCUUUUAUUUGAUUUUCUACAAUGGUAUCUCUUAUCAUUAUAACUUUGUGUUGUUUUCCCAAGACGCAAUGAAGUUUACACGUGGAAUAACGUCAAUAGUUGCGUUCACAAUAUCAUUGUGGGACAGCUUUGGAUUGAACAAGUUAGUUGUUAUCUUUUGUUAGCUUGUUUGUUUUCUCAUCCAAUGUGCGGCAAAUGCUGUGUUGCUCGUUAUAUAACACGUCGAGAUUUUUCCCGACAAAAAUUACUCGCUGACGUGGCCGACGUGUGUCGGUAAAGUGAUUGCUGAUAGGUGGAUUUCUCGCAACUCACCAUGGUGUCAUAUUAUUGGUUAAUUAUGUGACAAUUUGUUUGCUGAUUUGUCAAAAUAUGAUUUACUGUCACUGAUCAAUUGGUGGGCUAAAAAGGGAUAAUACACAUGGCCGUGCUUCAUCGAAGUAAAAUGUUUCCUAAAAGUUAUUGUUUUUCCUCUCAGUUCGGUCAGAUAGAAAUUACCAACCACACCACGGGAGACUACAGCUUGAUACAUUUUAAACCUGGCGGAUGGUUUGGUAAAGAACUCAACAAGGUGGAAGGUUCCAUUUUCUCCGCUGAGUAAGUUUCCUUUUCACUCUGACAAUUUAAAGAAGUAUUCUCCCUGUUUCAAGCUCAAAUCUCCUUCUUGUCGGAAGUAGGGAUGUCUUCUGACAGUUAUUGCUGUCUAUUUCUGCUCUCUGAAAUCAGAAUGAGGAUGGUUUUCAUUAAUUUGAAAUUCAAAGGAAAAUUAACAAGUUAUUGAGCACUGUUUGUAAAAAAAAACGGUAAAUUAUCGAUACUGUUCUUUUAUAGAAUCACUAUCUUGUAUACAAAGUAUCACGUUUUUUUCUCAAGUUUUAAGCUGGAGGUCCAGUAACCUUUUGGGUGGCGCGCGGAAUUCUGGGUGGGUAGACCCUCUCUCGACCGCUGACUAGAUGAUUGAGAUGUUUUCUCGGGCAAGAAACUUUAUAAAUGCGUUUUAGUGAACUGUCAGAGAAACUCGAUAGAUAGAAGGGGGGGGGGGGAGGGGAAGUUGGGUAACAUUUGAUGGACCAGCUUCUCAAGAUGAUAACAGUGCUCCUAGACAUUCAUGUAAUUGGCAUUAGGGUAAGCUCCGGCAGUAAACAUCUCUUAGCCUGCGGAAUAAUUUAGUUUAUUGCGCUUGACUCAAACUCCUUCAAUUCGCAGCAAGAGAAAGCGGUUCAUUCUGCGUGGAGACUGGACGGAUUGCAUCCAGUGCUUCACUGUGGACAAAAUCACUAGGAAGGAAUCUAAACGAGAAAGCAAGAGACGGCGGUCAGAUGGCAGCGAAAACAGCUUUGCAUCCGCCACUUCUCUAGAGAGUUUCAGUAGCGGUAGUAGCGGUGGAAGCGUCAGCGUGGACACCUCGGUACCCAAGACCCUCUGGAGAUUUCAAGAGCGACCUCCUAAUAGUAAACAGGUAAGGAUUGGAAACGAACAGGCUUCCAUCCCUGUGGCUGGUAUCUGCGACAAACCGCUCCGUGUGUUCUGCGGCGAGUUGUUCUCUUGUGUUGGUCAUGCGCAUGAAUUCAAUCCAGCAGUUUUACUUUUGAUUGUGAAACAUGAAAAUCAUAUAUGUGAAUUGCGGAUAAAGACGUCAAUAUGAAAGCGAUCUCCGCAGUAAUGAACACUACUUGAGCAUUAGUGAAAAGAGGACCUGAAAAAAUUUCAGGCCUGACCAGCUACCAGUUGGCCUGGUAGCUCAGUUGGUAGAGCACUGUACCGGUAUCGCAAAGGUCAUGGAUUCAAAUCCCGUACAGGCCUAAAUUUUUUCAGGCCUUAUUUUUUCUACCGCUCAAGUAGUGUUUAUUACCGCGAAGAUCACUUUCAUAUUCACAAGUUUUAAUUUUGGCCUUAAAGAUCUUUUUUUUUGUCGGUUUAACGGCACUUAAUCAAUGCGCGCUAUGGCGUAGCGUAAAUACCUAUGACGGGGAACAAACUUUUCCCCGGAAAAGUUUAAAUACAGUCCUUUGCAAAGCCAACGCUGACAUUAGCUAUUCGCUGGUCUCCGCUUUAGUUGCAAACUAUUAAGCUUUUCGAAUCAUCGAUCGCUAAUAAUAAUUACGCUUGAGGAUUGAAGUACUUAUGCCCAUGGACUGGAAACUAGGGACACAUUGUGUGCUUCACAUAUAUUUCAUGUCAUGAUCCUUUUCAUUUUGAACAGAUGUACAAUUUCACGACAUACGCAAUGCAGUUAAAUGAACUCCAUGAAGAAGAUAAAGCCACGGUAUGGAACAAUUAUCAACUUGUUUGUUACUUCUUGUCUUCGAAAGACCUGAACAGGUUUCUUUGACGACAGUUUUUGCAGAUUUUGUUUUAUUUGUGAAGUAUAAGAGCAGGACUGCAUUUUUUAUUAAUAACAUUUUUUUUUCUUUAGUUACCACCGACAGAUUCAAGGCUCAGACCUGACUGUCGGGCGUUAGAAAACGGUGAUUUAGGUAAGUUUAGUUAUAAUGUACGAUUGUUAGAAAGAUUGACCAACGUUACGGAGUGGUUGGUGGAUGGACGGACAGACGAAUGGACUGAACGACUGACUGACUGAGUGACGGACUGACCAACUGACUGAAAAGUAGACCAUUUAGCCGAUUGACUUAUUGCCUCAGUAAUUGGCAUACUGACUGACUGACCUAAUGAAUUGCUGACAUACUAACCCGCUGACUGGCUGACUCGCUGGCUAACUUACCGGCGUCUGUGUAAUUGAUUGAAUUCCAGACACUAAAUAGCUACUAGUAGCUAUUUAUUGAGUCUGGCUUUCAGUUUGACAAGCUAUCUGUUUGGCUGACUGACUGACUGACCGAAUGAUUGACUGUCUGUCUCUCUCACUGACAGUCUGUUAUAAUGUACGAUUGUUAGAAAGAUUGACCAACGUUACGUUACUACUAGUAGCUAUUUAUUGAGUCCGGCUUUCAGUUUGACAAGCUAUCUGUUUGGCUGACUGACUGACUGACUGAAUGAUUGACUGUCUGUCUCUCACUGACAGUCUGACUGAAUCGGUUAAAUAAUUGAAUUGAAUGAAUAAUUAAAUGAAUACCGGUGACGGACAGAUAGACGAAAGUUUUCAUUGAUAACAUUUUUGUAUGUUUUUUUUAUCAUUCUUUAUAGAUACAGCUACUAUGGAAAAAAUACGACUGGAGGAAAAGCAAAGAGCAGCGAGAAAAGAAAGACAAAAACAUGAGCGUUGGAUUCCCAGGUAAGCAUAACUUUUUUUUGCAUUUUAUUUAAAUCAUGUCAUAACCACAGAAACCAGCAAGUCAAGGUUUUUAAAACCGUAUACCUUUUUCGAUAAAGCUCAAAACACAAUGGGAAAUUAACAGGAUGUUUUGUAUUAAAUAAGCUUUGUGUUCGAAAAGUUUCCAGUUUCCUCUCCCCCACUUUUGGUUUCUUUCACAGAUUCGGUUCAUUUUUUUUUCCGCAUAUUUAGCGUGACGGCGGUGUUUUUGCCUAUGUUUCUAUUAAAUUGACGUGCAGCAGGCGGACAGUAAUCCCCUUGCGUAUGCUCGACCGCUAUUUUAUUCUUGUAUAUUCUAAUAUGCGUAUUCUAGCAUCUGAUCACAGAGCCAUGAACGUUUACUCACUGGUAAAUAACUGGUAUCUUUCUUAAUAGCUUAACCCUGUUUUCUUGUCUAGGUGGUUCAAAGAAGACAUAAAUCCAUACACAGAACAGAUGGACUGGAUAUUCACCGGAACGUACUGGAAUAGAGAUUGGAAAACGUGUCCAGACAUCUUUUAAAUUUCCCUUCCUUAGGUCCUAUCAAAAUUAAAAUUGCUCGGCCUUUACGAACAUUUUUUCCCAAACGGUAGAGAUUAAGAUACAUUGUUAGGUUUUUAUGCCUUGCACUUAGUGUAAUCCGCGCAAGAUGCAAAAUUAUUUAGAUAAGUCUUUCGUGACGUUUAAUUGGGAACAGUCCCGCGUGAUGUAUAAGUCGAAUGAUUUUGCGUGACGUAUCACCCGCGAAGAAGAGUGUCACGCAACGUUGUAGGCUGUCAACUUCGAUGCUCAAGCUCCUUGACUGAAAAAUGUAACUGGGUGAAAUAACUAUUUCUUCAAAUUUUUACCACAUUUGAAGGACUUAAAAAGCCUUUUAUGGGACAUUUGAUUCGACUAAUCUGGUUUUCUUUCAAAAUUUUUUUUUUUCAGUUUUCUAGAAUUCUACAAAAUUGUCGAAUCCAUUUCAGUAUCAAAGCAGCUGCGCGCCAACCCCUCCCCUAACCCAGUCAACUGAUAACGAGUUACGGUCAAUAUUGGGUUAGGGGAGGGGUAGGUGCGGAGUUGAUCAGAUAAUAAUGACAUUGAUUGAAACUGCUUUGUGCUUCCUAAAGAAAAAAGAAGUGGAAAGAAAGAAGGAAAAUAGAAACCGAAUCAGUAUUUAUUUUAGAAGAAAAUUUGCAUUGAUAAGUAAAUCUUCUCCAUUUGUGUCGCAGGUGAAUUGCUCUAAUCCUAAAAUUGUUAGUCUGGAUCAUGUAGCUCAGAUCAUUAUCAGGUCCUUUCUUGUUCGCAUUUAAGUUCAAAUAACAACAUCAUUGUGUACAGAUGUUCCUUUUAUUUUUGUACCACAUCAUGUUUUUUAAGAUGGAAGCAGAAAAUUUAGUUCAGAAUUCGAUCGCAGCAUUGGCAACGCGAGACGGCCAGGUCGACGCCUUAUUCGGUGCACUCUUUUAAGAAAGGUUUUAAAACUAUUCCAACCUUGUCUCUCGCGGUCCGUUUUAACCUUUCUCUUUGUUAACUAUGAUGGUGCUUUUGUAGAUCAUACAGCUUCCUUUGGUGCUUUUUUACCAUUUUAAUUCAUUGUUUCUUUCGGCCCCUAUAAAAAAAGAAAGGUAAAAAACGUGCCACAAGUUGACACUGUAAAGUUCCGACAGGUCCUGUUUUUUCAAGUAUAUAGACUGCGGUCAGUGCGGUCACGAGCAUGCGUGGUGGUGUAAAAGAUAUGUAUGACGUCAUCGUUGCCUUUGGUGUCGUUGGAGUUACUGGUGUGAAUUUUCGUAUUGUUGAAAUGGUAUGACUAUGGCUUUAAAUUUUUGACUAUUUAUUUCGAGGUAACAAACGAUUUUUGGGAGGGAGGGAGGUAAUUGUGAGGGGGGGGGGGAUUAAUUUAGAAGCUGGUAAGGGCUUUGUUUUUGUUGCCGUCAUCAUUGCUAUUAUAAUAUUGUUUUCCUUAUUAAUGGUUAAUAGUUCAACCCAAGUGUAAACUUUAUCAUUACGAAAGAAUUAAUUGGGUGACAUUUUCGCGGAAUGAAUAAAAAGUUAAUCAAUACCAUUUCGCUUCACGAGUGAAAUAGUAUUGAUCAACUUCGGCUUACUUCGGUAAAUACGAAGCUUGACAAGGGCUUUCCGGGCGAUCACGAACUCUUCACCUAAACCAGGUUGAAAGCUGAUAAU